CUACCAUUCCCACCAUUCCUACCAUUUGCCACCAUUCCCACCAUUCCUUCCAUUCCCCAUCAUUCCUACUAUUCUCACCAUUCCUCAACAUUUCCACCAUUCCUACCAUUUCCACCAUUCCCAUCAUCCCCACCAUUCCCAUCAUCCCCACCAUUCCUCACCAUUCCCAUCAUUCCUACCCUUCCCAUCAUCCCCACCAUUCCCACUAUCUCCACCAUUCCUACCAUUUCCCACCAUUCCCACUAUGCCCAGCAUUCCCACCAUUCUUCUUCACCAUUCCCAUCAUCCCCAUGAUUCCCAUCAUCCCCACCAUUCCUCACCAUUCCCAUCAUCCCCACCAUUCCUACCAUUCCCACCAAUCCUGUGCCUUUUGUGUGUGGACAACAAAUCCCACCAACACAUUAGCCCAGGCCCUACUGUCCCGGGGCCCGGCAGCUUUCUCACCUCCCCCAGGGCCAAGUUAGUUGCCAAGUUGGAGCUGAUGUUGGGCUGCUUUUCCCCUCUAGGAAUGGAUGAAGACGGGGUGCAGGAGGUGCUUUCUUCCCUGGGGGGGAAGCCAGUGGGGGGGUGGGGGCUGCUACAGAUCGCUGGGUGCUCAGGCCUUGCCGCCUACACUGUCUGGGCCUUGGUCCUAAUGCCGGGCUUCAGGAAAGUGCCUCUAAAGUUACAGGUGCCGUACUUGCCCGCCAGUGCCAAGCAGGUAGCCAACGUAAUGAGUCUGUUGGAAGGACGUUCAGGGAAGAUGGUGGAUCUCGGCUCCGGGGACGGCAGAAUUGUGCUGGGGGCUGCACAGCGGGGGUUUCACCCUGCAGUUGGCUACGAGCUGAACCCUUGGCUAGUGCGCCUUUCCUACAUAAACGCCUGGAGGGCAGGGUGCCACGGCAAGGUCUCCUACCGGCGCCAGGACCUAUGGAAGGUCAAGUUACACGACUGCAGCAACAUCUCUGUCUUCCUGGCACCGAGUGUGCUGUCGUUACUGGAAUCCAAGCUGCUGGCGGAGCUGCCGGAUGGAGCGCGGGUGGUGGCCGGACGCUUUCCCCUCCCUACAUGGACUCCCACCCACACUAUAGGGGAUGGGGCAGAUAGGGCAUGGGCUUAUGAUAUUCAGAGCAUCAGGGAAUCAGCGGGGGGCAGGCAGGCAGGGACCCUAGUAUGAGGGUAAGUGUAACCCCCAGGCAUUAUCCUUAUACACCCAGUAGCCAUAAUGGUGGGACAGGAAGCUGUAAUAGGGAGAUGGGAGAGGGACCAGCUUUGGGUCAGUACCUCGGGUCAUACUGCUCCCCAGCUCCUUUAUUUCUGCACUCAUAAUAUUAAGGGGGCACAGAAUCCUCGGGUUUAGUGAACCCCCAAACCCUAAUGAGCGAGAUCCACAAGAAUCUAAUCCUUAUCCCUGUCCGGCGCUCAGAACUCCAAAAAGGAUUGGUCCAAAUCCCAACUUAUUGUACAGCGCUGCGGAAUAUGUUGGCGCUUUAUAAAUAAAUGUUAAUAAUAAUAAUAAUAACCCGAAACUGGGACCCAGGCUAUGAAGGGUAAAAAGGAGGCAGAAACGUAUCGAUGUUUUAUUUCUGUACAAAAUGGGGUUUUAACCCACAUAUAUUUAUUGUUGUUCAGCAAAUCUCUCAUAUAAAUAUGUUCUGUUGGUA